GGGGUCUGGCAGGGCGUCCAGUCCACCUCAUCUUUCCCUCGGCGGUCGAUGUGGUCCUCAUCUUUCCCUCAUUUCGUUCGGAUUCAUUCGUUUUUCUCAUUUAUGACGGAUGGUUUUCCCCUCAUACCGACUGAGAAAUGGAGAGUUUAGAAAAUUUGCCGACAGAACUGCAACGCAAUUUUCAUCUAAUGAGAGAUCUCGACCAAAGAGCUCAGGAUGUUAUGCGGAAUAUAGACCAGAUUUCAGAUGAGUACCUGUCAGGCGUCAAGGGCCUAAGCCCAGAAAAGCGCUCAGAGCAGAUGAGCAAGAUCCAGAAGAUGUUUAACAGAGCCAAAGAAUAUAGCGAUGACAAAGUGCAGCUUGCAAUUCAGACCUAUGAGUUGGUUGACAAACACAUAAGAAGACUGGAUUCCGACCUUGCGAAAUUUGAAGCGGAAAUAAAGGAGAAAGCGUUAAAUAAUAAUAAAAAGGAAGAGGACACAAGUAGUAAAAAGAAGGGGAGAAAAAAGAAAGAAGAGAAGGGUAAGCAUAAGAGAAAAGGUGUCAACCAGUCAGACGAGGAGGAGACGACCCCCAAGCCAGGCCGGAAGAAGCAGAAAAAGAAGAUGGAGACGGAUUCAGCCAGCAAGUCAGUCAUUCCUUGCCUGUCCAUUGCGCACCCUUCAGACGUUAUGGACAUGCCAGUUGAUCCUAAUGAACCUACGUACUGCCUCUGCCACCAGGUGUCUUAUGGCGAGAUGAUUGCCUGUGACAAGAUGGAUUGCCCAAUCGAGUGGUUCCACUUCGCCUGUGUCGGACUCACCACAAAACCGAAAGGAAAAUGGUACUGUCCAAAGUGUUCAACAGAGAGAAAGAAAAAGUAGUGUCGCGGACCAAUGACUUUUUAGGAGAGAUGUUUAAAUUGCGCUAUUUUCGAAAAUAAAUUAUUAAAAUGAAAAAAUAAAAAGAUAGAUAAUAAAUGAGUGAAUGAAUAAAUAAAUAAAAUAGAUAUUAGGUUAGGACUGUUAUUUGUUGUAUAGGUCUCAUUUUUCAGUGAGGAAUUUUUAAAUAGAUAGCGGAAGAUUAGUGUUCAAGGGCUAGUGAUUAUAUUAAUGGUUGCCGGUAGAUUUCUAGACUUCUUACAAAAUACAUCUAGUUUUGAAUACAAUCAUGAUACAGUAUUAUAAUUUAUAAAUUCUUCCAAUCUCACGUAACUAUUUUUCAUGCCAUUUGAUGCUCCCUUUUAUUUAUUUAUUUAUUUUUUCUUUCUUUUAUAAUGGCUGAUCAAAAGGUAUAUAAAAGAAAAGUAUAUAAAAAAGUGGAAAUUACAUUCUUAUUUCCCUGUGACUUGCAAGACUUUUUAAAUAUUUUAAAAUCUUGCAUGUGGAAAAAUGCGAUGAAACACAAGUAGGCUUCCUUUUUUUUUUUUUUUUUUUUGUUUUUUCUUUUUUCUUUCCUUUUAUAGUUAGUCCCUAAAGGUUAGAGAUUAGUCAUAUUUUUUUAUCACUAGGCUAGGAGUUUUAGCGAACAAAACAGUGUGCAAGUUCUAUUUUAACCAUAUUUUGUAGACAGAAAGGGAUAUUUUAUGAUCGAGUAGUCUUUAUCUCUUCGUUUCUCUUACUUUUAUGUUUACUAGAUUUUUUUUUUUUUUUUUUUUCAUAUUUCAAUGUCAUUUGUUUAUAUGAUUGUUUAUGCUUAUUUGUUAUUUCUUUUUGUUUUUCUAUUAUUAUUUAAUCUGUUAUACCUGAUACUUUUUAUAUAUGCAUUGAAACACAUAAGAUGAGAAUGUCAUAAUGGUAUAUAAAGGAAAUGAAGUGAAGUAAUAAAAAAUGGUAGAUUUUUACACACACGUACACACACACACACACGCAC